GUGACUGAGGGGAGGAAAUUAAAAGCCAGUUAUUUUCUUCUCAUCCUUCUUUUCACGCGAGCAGAGGAGGAGUCUGGGUUUGCAGCGAGGAAACCAGCAGGCCCUUGAGGAUGAAGAUCGCAGUGAUUGGUCAGAGUCUGUUUGGUCAGGAGGUUUAUAAAGAGCUGAAGAAGGAGGGCCACACCAUCGCAGGGGUCUUCACCAUCCCUGACAAAGAUGGCAAGCCUGACCCUCUGGCCUCAGAGGCAGAGAAGGACGGGGUCCCGGUCUUCAAGUUCCCCCGCUGGAGAGUGAAGGGCCAGGCCAUCCCAGAAGUGGUGGAUCAGUACAAAGCUACCGGAGCAGAGCUCAAUGUUCUGCCCUUCUGCUCCCAGUUCAUCCCCAUGGAGGUCAUCGAUCACCCCAAACACGGCUCCAUCAUCUACCACCCCUCCCUGCUGCCGCGCCACCGAGGGGCCUCCGCCAUCAACUGGACCCUGAUCCACGGGGACAAAAAGGGGGGUUUCACAGUGUUCUGGGCUGAUGACGGGCUGGACACAGGACCCAUCCUGCUGCAGAGAGAGUGUGACGUCGAUCCAAACGACACCGUCAACACCAUCUACAAGAGAUUUCUCUUCCCAGAGGGAGUCAAGGGCAUGGUGGACGCUGUGAGGCUGAUCGCUGAGGGGCGGGCACCGAGGACCACACAGCCCAAAGAGGGGGCCACCUACGAGUGCAUCCAGAAAAAAGACAAUGCUAAGAUUGACUGGAACCAGUCAGCUGAGGCUCUCCACAACUGGAUCAGAGGAAAUGACAAAGUCCCUGGAGCCUGGGCAGAGACUGGUGGACAGAAACUAACUUUCUCUGGCUCCACCCUGAUGGACAGCAGCACACCAGCCAGCGGUCAGCCUCUGGAGUUUCCUGGAGCCCACCGGCCCGGCCUCGUCACCAACAAUGGUCUGGUGCUGUUUGGAAACGAUGGCAAAGCGCUGCUGGUGAAAUGUCUGCAGUUUGAAGAUGGGAAGAUGAUUCCUGCAGCUCAGUACUUCUGCUCAGGGAGCAGUGCUUCUGUGGAGCUGACCGAGGAGGAGAAAACAUUCGCUGAGCAGAUGAGGGUUGUGUGGCAGAGCAUCCUGCCUAAUCUGAGCCAGAUUGAAGACUCCACAGAUUUCUUCAAGUCUGGUGCUGCUUCCAUGGACGUGGUCAGGCUCGUAGAAGAAGUGAAACUUCGGGCCAGCAGCUGUCGUCUUCAGAACGAGGACGUCUACAUGAACUCCACCUUCCAGGACUUCAUCCAGAUGUGCGUCAGGAAGCUCCGAGGCGAGGAUGAUGAGCAGAAGCUUCAUGUUGACUAUGUGGAGAAGCAGGUCAACAACAUGACUGUGAACAUGCCUCAUCAGCUGUUCAUCAACGGAGAGUUUAUUGAUGCAGACGGAGGAAAGACUUACAAAACCAUUAAUCCCACUGACGGCACGCCUAUCUGUGAUGUGUCCCUGGCUCAGCUCAGUGAUGUGGACAGGGCAGUGGCUGCUGCUAAGGAGGCGUUUGAACAAGGAGAGUGGGGCAAGAUGAACCCAAGAGACAGAGGCAGACUCCUUUAUAAACUGGCUGACCUCAUGGAGCAACACCAGGAGGAGCUGGCUACCAUUGAGAGCAUGGACUCUGGAGCUGUUUACACUCUGGCCCUGAAGACUCAUGUGGGCAUGUCUAUUCAGACAUUCCACUACUUUGCAGGCUGGUGUGACAAGAUCCAAGGCAGUACCAUCCCCAUCAACCAGGCCAGGCCAAAUCGGAAUCUAACGUUCACCAAGAAGGAACCAAUAGGAGUGUGUGCCAUUGUGAUUCCUUGGAACUACCCCCUGAUGAUGUUGGCCUGGAAGACUGCAGCUUGUCUGGCAGCUGGAAACACUGUAGUCCUCAAACCUGCUCAGGUUACUCCACUUACAGCACUGAAGUUUGCUGAAUUGGCAGCAAGAGCGGGGCUGCCUAAAGGGGUGAUUAACAUUCUGCCUGGCUCAGGUGCUUUGGUGGGCCAGCGUCUGUCAGACCACCCUGAUGUACGGAAGCUGGGCUUCACAGGUUCCACUGAGAUUGGUAAACACAUCAUGAAGAGCUGUGCAGUCAGUAACGCAAAGAAAGUCUCUCUGGAGCUUGGAGGAAAGUCCCCUCUUAUUAUCUUCAGUGACUGUGACCUGGACAAAGCAGUGCGCAUGGGCCUGAGCUCAGUGUUCUUUAACAAAGGAGAAAACUGCAUCGCAGCUGGCAGGCUGUUUGUGGAGGACUCCAUUCAUGACCAGUUUGUGACAAAAGUGGUUGAGGAGGUCAAAAAGAUGAAGAUUGGUGAUCCAUUGGACCGCUCCACAGACCAUGGGCCCCAGAAUCACAAAGCCCACUUGGACAAACUGGUGGAGUAUUGUCAGAUUGGUGUAAAAGAAGGAGCCACUCUAGUCUGUGGUGGCAAACAGGUGCAGCGUCCAGGUUUCUUCUUUGAACCCACUGUUUUUACUGAUGUCCAAGACCACAUGUACAUUGCCAAAGAAGAGUCAUUCGGCCCAGUUAUGAUCAUUUCCAAGUUUAUGAGUGGUGACCUGGAUGAUGUAUUGAGGAGAGCCAAUGCUACAGAGUAUGGGCUGGCAUCUGGUGUUUUCACACGAGACAUCAGCAAAGCUCUGUAUGUGAGUGACAGGCUCGACGCUGGUACUGUGUUUGUUAACACCUACAACAAAACGGAUGUGGCUUCACCUUUCGGAGGCUUCAAGCAGUCUGGAUUUGGCAAAGACCUGGGACAAGAGGCUCUGAAUGAAUACCUGAAGACAAAGGCAGUGACCAUCGAGUAUUAGGUUGUCCCAGAGCAGAGAGCUGGAGGUGUCAGACAGGUGUGGGCUGCAGAUCAUAUGAACCUCAACUUGUUAAAAACAGCAAUAUGUUGGAUUUAUCUACGUUCACAGUGAAUGAGCCAAUAAAAACAAUGUUUUAUAAGAUCAUCUCCGUUAUCAAUAAAAUCUAGUGGGCACCUC